AUGGUGCUGAAUUUUCUGAUGGCCACUUCGGCUAUAAAAUCAACUAUGAGCUUAAUAAGUGGAGGCUUAUUAGUUGUGCCAUUGCUGAUGGGAGCGUUAUCUUACUAUCGAUAUGAAUCGCUGGAUCCUGAGUCUCGAGUAAUUGAUCAAGAACAUAUUUUACCCAGAUAUGAUUUCAUUGUUGUUGGCGGAGGCUCAGCUGGUGCAGUGGUGGCUUCCAGAUUAAGCGAAAUCAAUCGUUGGAAUGUUUUACUCAUUGAAGCUGGUCCUGAUGAAAAUGAAAUAAGUGAUGUCCCAUCUUUGUCAGCAUACUUACAGCUUAGUAAAUUAGACUGGCAAUAUAAAACUGAAUCGUUAAACUCCUCAUGUUUGGGAAUGCGUUUUAAUAGAUGUAAUUGGCCAAGGGGGAAAGUACUUGGUGGAUCAAGUGUUCUAAACUACAUGAUAUACGUUCGAGGAAAUGCAAAUGACUUUAAUUUGUGGGAGUCUUUGGGCAACCCCGGAUGGUCAUAUGAAGAAACAUUAAAGUACUUCAAAAAAUCUGAGGAUAAUAGAAAUCCAUAUCUUUUUAAAAGCAAAUAUCAUAGUACUGGUGGUCUGCUGACAAUCCAAGAGUCACCAUGGCACACACCUAUUGUUGCCGCAUUCAUUGAAGCCGGCUCAGAACUGGGUUAUGAAAAUAGAGAUAUAAAUGGAGAAAAACAAACAGGUUUCAUGAUAGCACAAGGAACAAUUCGAAGAGGAAGCAGAUGUAGCACAGCAAAAGCUUUUCUAAGGCCAGUAAGACUGCGUCCAAACAUUCAUUUUUCUUUGAACUCGUAUGUCACAAAGCUUGCAAUAGAUCCUUUAUCAAAAAGGGUGGAAGGCGUUCAUUUUAUUAAAAAUGGAAAGGCAUAUUUUGUAAAAGCUAAUAAAGAAGUGAUCUUAUCAGCGGGUGCACUAAACACUCCUCAAAUUUUAAUGUUGUCAGGCAUUGGUCCUUCUAAGCAUUUACAAAGUCUUGGCAUUCCACUAAUAAAUGAUCUCCAGGUAGGGGAAAAUUUGCAAGACCAUGUUGGAAUAGGUGGUUUGACUUUUGUCGUUGAUAAGCCCGUGACAAUUAUACAAGACCGUUUUCAGCCAACAGCUAUAACGUCUCAAUAUGUCCUGAAUGAACGAGGCCCCAUGACGUCCUUGGGAGGCUUAGAAGGCAUAGCAUUUGUAAAUACAAAGUACGCAAAUACAUCGAUGGACUGGCCGGACAUACAAUUUCACAUGGCACCCGCUAGUAUAAAUUCUGAUGGAGGAGCGAGGGUUAAAAAGAUAAUGGGUUUGAAGGAUUCGCUUUUUAAUCAAGUAUACGCACCUAUCGUUGGCAAAGAUAGUUGGACAAUCAUUCCAUUGCUCUUGCGACCACACUCGAGAGGAACGGUCAAGUUGAAAUCAAAAAAUCCAUUUGAUUAUCCUCUUUUUAAUCCAAAUUAUUUCCAUGACGAACGUGACAUUAAAACACUAGUCGAAGGUGGCAAAAUAGCUCUACAAGUUGCCAAUGCCAAUGUGUUCAAACAAUUCGGAUCUAGAGUGCAUACAAUACCUUUGCCGAAUUGCGCAAAAUUUCAGUUUAUGUCUGAGAAAUAUAUUGAAUGUCAUGCACGAACUAUUUCUAUGACUAUUUACCAUCCAGUUGGCACAGCAAAAAUGGGACCCAGCUGGGAUCCUGAUGCUGUCGUGGAUCCAAGAUUAAGGGUUUAUGGCAUAUCAGGAUUACGAGUCAUUGAUGCCUCAAUUAUGCCCACAAUUGUAUCAGGGAAUACUAAUGCUGCUGUAGUAAUGAUUGGAGAAAAGGGCGCGGAUAUGAUUAAGGAAGACUACGGAGUACCUACAUACUAAAAACGACGAAUGUUUUAAGAAGAAGCCAU